AUGGCAGGCACGCUGCCUCCUCUAUUCGACAUUACCGACAGCGAUGAGGGAGGUUAUGCAGCAGUUGCGGUCUAUACCUUGCUGGCGUUGACACUUGUUAUUGUUGUCGCUCGUCUGUCUACUCGUUGGUACAUUGGAGGUGUCCUUCACUCCGAUGACAUCUUGUUAGCGGUCUCAACGCUAUUCGGAAUACUGCAGAGUAUCUUGGUGCAACUUGCCAUCUCCAAUGGACUUGGGCGAAAGCUAGCCACCAUAGGAAGCCACGAGCUGGUGCUCUAUCUGAAGUACGAAUAUGCAGCACAGAUCCUCCUCAUCGUGACGGUUGCCUUUAGCAAGAUCUCCCUGGGUCUGCUUUUCAAAAAUUUGAUGACGUCGCGCCGCUAUUUACGGACAAACCAGGUCUUAAUGGGGGUUAUAAUUGCAUGGGCGGUGGGUUCCAUCUUUGCAUUGGCCCUGCGAUGCUCGAUGCCAACGCCCUGGAUGUGGAAUUCGCCAGAUAAAUGCAUCAAUCAGGCUGCGCUUUUCGAAGCCAUCGCCGCACUCAACAUUGUCACGGAUAUUGCAAUCGUGUUGCUUCCCUGCAUGUUGCUUCGGACUGUACAAUUGUCCCACUGGAAACGGUUCAGGAUCAUGGCGCUACUCGCGACUCGAAUUUUGGUGUGCAUAUCAACAGGUAUUGGAAUCCACUUCACUGUCGAAAUGCUCCAGUCCUCCGACAUCCCAUGGGCAAAUACCGACUCCACCAUUUGGGACCAAGUGAUGAUGAAUCUGAGUAUCAUGACCACCGCCGUGCCAGCACUCGGACGACUGGUCAUCGAACUUCAACCCAGCCUCUACGCAUUCGCGAUCAAUGAAGAGCCCGUCGACGCAGCCUCGGCUGCCGACACGUACAAGUUUUCAUCAAUAGGGAGGUCUUUCAAUCAAACCUUCUCUGCGGAGCGGGGAAAGAGCCAUAGAUCCUCUGCUCAGACCACGAAUGGAUGGAGAGAGUCACUCAAGGACGAUGCUGAAAGUACGAAGGGGCUCGUGAACACCCCGAUUAUGAUCCAGCAGACGAUCCAUUUCGAGGUGCACUAA